CUACUGCAGUUUUCAAGAGCAUGAUGUGCACUCUAUGACACUUAAUGCUAGUACACUCACUGUGGUUUUUCAGCCUAUUCAUCUCUUUUUAUAGCCAUUACAACUUUGCUUUGAUACUUAAAAUUUGGCACCGCAUGCUGAAAUGAAUUAAACACCUACGACCAUGCUGUGUGUUGGGUACUUGCACACCAGAACUGUUCUGCCUGUGCACCUGGCUGUGUGCCGCAAGGCAGUUUCUUGCCUGAAAUCUCGCUCAGUGUUGUGUAUCUGAACCCACGGGGAACCUCUUCCAGAUGGUGGCCAAUGAAAAAUACACGUUCAAUAGUGUAAUGUGUCAACAGGAAGCAGCAGGUUUCUAUAUGUGGUGUUCACUGAAAGAUACAUUUUUAUGUCUUUCUCAGAAUACGAAGUCGGUCCCUCAUUUAUGGACACUUUCAUUGUCCAAAACAAGUAUUAUAGGUUAUAACUUUUGUCCAGAAACAUUUCAGAAAAGGCAUUUAAUGAUGGUUGAACAUUCAUGCAUCAUAUUUCUGUGUAAAGAUUUCAGAAAGUCUCAUAUUAAGAAACUGUUUAUCCUGAAGGCAUGUCAUUUUAUCUACAUGAAAUCAAAACCUUUUUUGCAUUUCCCUUAGUUGGGGAGGGAGAAUUAUGAAUAUUAAUUUGCACUGUAUGUUUGUGACAGUGUGGUUGUGUUACGGAUGUCUCUUGUUCAUGAAUGUGAACUAAUAAAAUUUGUUCACAUAAAUGUGGACUAAUAAAAUUUGUUCACAUAAAUGUGAACUAAUAAAAAUUGUUCACAUAAAUGUGAACUAAUAAAAAGUAGUUGACUGUAUAUCUGUGCAAAGUCUAAAGUCUAAGCCUAACACCAGUAUUCUGGGGUGCAGUGUCAAUACUGUUUUAAAAUUAAAUAAUUUGUGAACAGUCAAAUAAGUAAUGUUUAACAGGAUACACUAAAAGCAUGUCUUCUCAAAUUCAAGAGAUGACUCUUUGGUAAUAUUAUCAAAAAUAAUGAAAUUUCCGGUUUAUAAAUAUCGAGAGAAAGAAAAUACUACAAAGAGCAGUGAACAGUUAAAAACUAAAUAAAUUCAAUAUUUGUUGUCACCUUUAAAACUGCAUCAAUUCUCUUGGGUUCCCUGUCCUGCAGCUGUAUAAGAAAAUUGACUGGUAGGCCAAUUGUGCCAAAGAUAUUAGAGAACUUGCCUCAUGCCUUCUGUAGACUUGGGCUGUCUCACUUGCUUCUGGCUAUCCAGGUAAUCCCAUACAGCCUCAAUCAAGUUUCUUUUAUCUGAAAAGUGGUUACUUUAUUUGACAAAAUAAAAAACAUUCUUUGGAAAAUGAAUCUCAAAUUUGCUCUUUCUACUGACACAUUCAGAAAACAAACAAAAAAAAACAUCUAUGACCAAAUUUACAUAACAUAAAUCUAGGGUGCCUAAGAUUUUGCACAGUACUGUUUGUGUGGGUUGUUUCACACUGUAGUCAAAAUGUUGGGUUUUGCACAUUUUCACAAAGGUUUAUAAUGUGCCUCUCCGCAUCAUUCUGUUGCUGUGGAAUUUCCCACGUACAAUGGCAGAAGAUUCAAAGCCAAGAAUACAUUGAACCAUGGCCAGAACAGAAAUGAGGAUAUAAUUGAAUCCUUAUUCCAUGCCAAGCAAUGGAUGGGCGACUGUGGCUUUGUACAAAAUAUUGAAGGUUUAUAUUGUUCAGUAAUUCGUAGUAGUGGGUUCCAGGCUUUUAGAGCCUACAGCGCACUGAAUGAUGGGAUUCAUUUUUGUAACCAAGCUGUUAUUAAGUUGUGGCCAGAUAUGAGCUCCAGUGUGGGGUUGAAUCAAAUUCUCAUUAAUAUAAAUAAUUAAUUAUCUGCAAUAAGAUAUAUUUUUUCUACGUUGUAUCAUAACCCAAUUCAACCCUACCCAAGACCCACGGGUUGGCUCUGACCCUCUUUAAGGGACCUCUGUAAGGUACGGAAGAAUGAUGGACAAUGGAUGGUGAGGAAUACCUGUGUGAUUACAGAAACUGCUGGUGAUUUUGUGUUUUUGAUUUUGAUUUCAGUGCUUUGCAGUUGUAGGCUGUAGGGUGGGUCCGCUCUGGCUCAGAAAUCACAGCUGAGUUCUGAGAUGGUGACGCAUACUGCGUGUGUCAAAUUUCAAAACCAGUUUAGCGUGUCACUGUCUGCUCGACCCGUUCGCAUCGCCCCACAGAAACCACCUGGGACAGAAUGACGUCCAGGAAGAAAGUUCUACUCAAAGUUAUUAUCCUGGGAGACUCUGGAGUUGGGAAGACUUCUCUAAUGAACCAGUAUGUGAAUAAGAAGUUCAGUAAUCAGUACAAAGCCACAAUAGGAGCCGACUUCCUGACAAAAGAGGUGAUGGUGGACGACAGGCUCGUCACAAUGCAGAUCUGGGACACUGCGGGGCAGGAGAGGUUCCAGUCCCUGGGUGUGGCGUUCUACCGCGGAGCGGACUGCUGUGUGCUGGUGUUCGACGUGACCGCGCCCAACACCUUCAAAACGCUGGACAGCUGGAGAGACGAGUUCUUGAUCCAGGCCAGCCCGCGUGACCCCGAGAACUUCCCUUUUGUGGUGCUAGGCAACAAGAUCGACCUGGAGAAUAGGCAGGUAACGACCAAGCGUGCGCAGGCCUGGUGCCAGAGUAAGAACAACAUCCCGUACUUUGAGACCAGCGCCAAGGAGGCCAUCAAUGUGGAGCAGGCCUUCCAGACCAUCGCACGCAACGCCCUGAAGCAGGAGACAGAAGUAGAGCUGUACAACGAGUUCCCAGAGCCAAUCAAACUGGACAAGAAUGACCGAGCCAAGCCAUCGGCCGAGACCUGCAGCUGCUGAGGGGGGCCUGGGACCAAGACUGUCCCCUCGGAUUCUCUCUGGCCUUCCAAACGCCCCUUCUCCUGAGCACCUCCCAAAAACGCACACACGUGCCUGCACACACCCACACACACACUUUCUAGAGGCUGAAUCCUCGGCCCAAAGAGCACUCAGAAAUUUCAUUUCAGACCUCUUUCCUAAAGCAUAGCCCGCCUUGCCCUAACCGUUUUACAUUUAUCGCUCGACACCUCAACACAGAUGCACUCUUUCCCCACCUUCUAGACCAUGCCCACUUUUCCUGACCUCUGUCUGGCCAACAGUGAGGGGAUGGGGGCUCUGAAUUUAACAGGUCGGGGUGGAAUUUUGUGGAGAAAAGUGUACCGGUCUGCAGCUGAGAUUGUGUUGGCUUCAGUUUGUCCUGCAACUUAAGUUAUUUUGGAAAUUCACUUUCUUCUAAACGAUGGCUGUUUUUGUGAGCUAGCUAAGUGGAUUCCAUUGCCUGGAAUCUCUUGAGGAAUAACCUGUUGUACUAGUCCGUUGUACUAGUAGGUUUUUUUUGUUUAUUUUGUUUAGUUUCUUUUUUUUUUUUUAUUGGCCUGGAUUUAAAAUCUCAAGGCAAACCGAUGCUUGUGUAUUACUUUGCACUUUGUUUGAAAUGCCUUUAAACGUGGGGAGCACUCAACUAGUCCUUGCUCGAUGGUGAUGAAACGUCCAUUUCAGUUCUGUAUUAAACCUGCCGUCUUGGUCCUGGUGUUCUCCGCACCAAACUACACGUGUGUAAGAGGCAAGUCCACAGCCCCCUAUGUAACAGACGGUAAUAAAACCAGUUCCCCCUCCUUUCAAGAUCUGCCAUUCUGCUGGUUAGCCUGAAUUCACAUGAGAAAUAAUCGAACAGGUGUAAGAAGAUAUGAUAUUGUAAAGGAAAAAAUGAAGUGUUCUGAUUAUUCGAAGAUUAUUAAUACUACUUACCAUUUAAUACUACUACUAUUACUACUGCUGUUGUCUUCUGUUUACUUUGUCAACCAUCCUGUUUCAAGACUAGUUACAGAUCAGACACAGCUUCUGAUCCUCUGACGGUCAGUGUGGAAGGUCAGCUAUGUACAUUCAAUCUCUCUCACACGGUCUCUGCAGGUAGCUCAGGUUGGUGAAAGAUUUGUUAAGUGCUUGGUAUUACUUUUAACUGAUCAGAUGCCUUUUCAGUCUGUUCAUAUACUCUGACUAUGUAUAAAAGUGUAAUUGCGUUAUGGGGAAAAACUCAAAACUGAAACAACAUUGGUUAUUCAUCUGACAAAAAAAAAAAAAAAAUCUCUUGUGAAGAUUCAUCACGGUAUUAUUAAAUAAAUAAUAAAUUCAAUACCAAUGAUAAGUAUUUGGGUUUCAAAGUAAUAAUGAUAAUAAAGGGUUAUUGAGUAAAUGAUUUGUGAUGCACUGUUUGUUUCAUAAGAGUAAGGGGGAUGUGCUGAAAUGUGACCGGUCAUAUCACACCUGAAAAAAGAUCCAUCUUCAGUUGCUCCAAGAGCUGUGUAUCUUAUGAAACAUUAAGCUUUUGACAAAAUAAUGUUGCCAAACAUUUUAUGUAGAUUGGGAUAUACCUGUCAUGUAACCACAUAGGUAAUAAAUAAAUAAAAUUAACCAUAA